AUGUGUGGGAAACCACCCUUCAAAAAUCCUAUAAAAACUAUCGAUCUUCUGCUGUCGAAAACUCGUUUCGAACAUCAGCCUAAUUUGUACAAAAAGAAACAAAACGAUAAACAAUUCGCAAAUGCUGGAAUUGCUGCUUACCUUGUAUGUAUUGCUAACUGUUCAGUUGCCCUUCCUCCACUGGGUCUUGGAGGAUGUGAAAUACUGUGUUUGCCAUUAUUAUCGGCUCCAACGCCAUAA